AUGCCUUUCAAAGUGACAAAAGAAAAAGAAGGAAAUCAUUUGAUCAUAACAACAGAUUGUCGCUCGUAUAACGGGAAGAGAUUGGAGAGGAAAAUUCUUAAUAAUUUUUUAUCUGAUGGUGAAAGUUGGUUUGGUGAAGAAAGUUUUUGUUUAUCAUUUCGCUCAGAUGUUCUUUCUCAUUGGGAAGUUAAUCCAAGUCAUCAAUGUUGA